AGAGUAAGAAGUUUUAGUAAUUUAGUUUCCGGUCAGGGAGUCAUUCUCCCCUGCAAAAGCAAAACAAACUAUGCAGGUGUUAACAUUAUGCAAGUUGGUGCGGGUAUAUAAAGAGAGGAAAUAAAAGAGAAUUUCCAUUUUCGGUGAGAAUUUCAGAGAGCGUGGUACAAGAAAAUACAGCGCUGCUCUGCCAGAUCAAUAUUAUACUGUGACCGUCCCUCCUCUAUCCACAAAAUCAGUUUCAGCUUCAGUUGAGGUAGAAAACAGUCGCGCUCUAUUGCUGUGUUUCCGAGAGCGACGUGGUCGCAAUUUGCAAUUUCUAUAAUCGAGGAUGAUUGUGGUUACCUAAAAAAAAUUAUCGACAAUUUUUUUUUGUCAGAGAAAUGGUGACCCGGUUUAUUUUCAUCGUCUUUCUUCAAGCCAUUUGCUUUACCAUAUGUUCAACGUCCAAUGUAAAAAUCAACUUCAGAGAAAAGGAAAAAGAGGUACUGGAUCAGAUCCUAGGUCCAGGACGGUAUGACGCCAGAAUUCGACCUUCCGGCGUAAACGGGACAGAUGGCCCGGCUAUCGUUCGUGUCAACAUAUUUGUCAGAAGUAUCUCAAAGAUAGAUGACGUAACUAUGGAAUACUCAGUACAACUCACAUUUCGGGAGCAAUGGUUGGACGAAAGGCUGAAAUUCAACGAUUUCCAUGGAAGAUUGAAAUAUUUGACACUUACAGAGGCCAACCGAGUGUGGAUGCCAGAUCUAUUUUUCUCCAAUGAAAAGGAUGGACAUACGCACAACAUUAUUAUGCCAAAUGUUUAUAUCAGAAUAUUUCCUUAUGGAUCCGUGUUGUACAGCAUCAGAAUAUCCCUAACACUCUCAUGCCCAAUGAAUCUCAAACUCUAUCCAUUGGACAGGCAAAUUUGCUCACUUCGAAUGGCUAGUUAUGGUUGGACGACAGACGAUUUAGUUUUUCUAUGGAAAGAAGGUGAUCCUGUUCAAGUUGUGAAAAACUUACACCUACCGCGGUUUACUUUGGAAAAAUUCUUGACAGAUUACUGCAACAGUAAGACCAAUACAGGUGAAUACAGUUGCUUGAAGGUCGAUUUGCUAUUCAAGCGAGAAUUCAGUUACUACCUGAUCCAGAUCUACAUACCUUGCUGCAUGUUGGUAAUUGUAUCCUGGGUGUCUUUCUGGUUAGACCAGGGAGCGGUUCCGGCAAGAGUAUCGUUAGGAGUAACAACAUUGCUGACUAUGGCUACCCAAACAUCAGGCAUCAACGCAUCGUUACCACCCGUGUCUUACACUAAAGCUAUUGAUGUUUGGACCGGUGUAUGUUUAACAUUUGUUUUCGGGGCUCUAUUGGAAUUCGCGUUAGUAAAUUACGCUUCACGUUCUGAUAUGCAUCGCGAAAAUAUGAAGAAACAGCGCAGGCAACAGGUCGAAUUAGAAAACGCACAAUCUUUAGACGGUGCUUCUGAUAUGAUCGAUACUGAUAGUAACGCUACUUUCGCAAUGGUAAGAAACCGAUCGAUUCAAAAUCACAUUGAUGCUAACAAUCCUUCUCCUUUGCUUCAGAAACCUUUAGUACGCAAUCAGGGUGACUCUAUGAGAAUCGAGAAAGCUCAUUGUGAGGUUCAUAUGCAACCAAGACCAAACUGUUGCCGGUCUUGGUUGUCUAAGUUCCCUACAAGGUCUAAACGUAUUGAUGUCAUAUCCAGAAUAACAUUUCCUUUGGUAUUUGCGCUAUUCAACGUUAUAUAUUGGUCCACUUACCUUUUCAGAGAAGAAGCUGAGGAAUCUUAAAUUCGCCCAAAAAAAAUACCUAGAUACUCUUUGAUUUUCUCAGGCCUAUUUGAUCGUCCCGAUGUGAUGUCAAAAUUUAUGGUUUCUUUCAAAAUUUGCACAGUUUUCUGAGUUGUUAACCAACAGGGUUAUUGUACAAUGUGAGUUGCUAGUUUGAAACAGUGAGUUUUCAAGGAAUUACAGUGAGGUUAUUUAAUCCUGCUCAAAUUUUUCAAAUCACACAAAAUGCAAUAAUUUUUAUAUAUUUUAUGAAAAAUUGAAUUUAUUUGUAUAUUUGAUUGUCCAUUGUACAGGAAUAUCCAUUUAUACGAAUCUAACUAAAUAUUGCAGGUUUCAUAAAGCAACUAAUUAUGCUCUUAUACUUUGAUUUCUACUUUUUUUUUAUUGGGAAUUUUUCGGAUACUUUCAUGUCGCUGAAGUUCGCAUUCCCUGGUGCACACCUGUUUUACUUUACAAUUAUGCCAAGUGGUCUAAUUUUUAGUUCCAAUCUACUUUCAGAAAUUUCUUGCGAAUUUAAAUGAAGUUAUUUUAUCGUACAAUCAAUCCUUUUUUCCCUAUAUACUUCCCUAUACUAGAUACCUUAACAUUACUUAUACCUUUGUGAAUAAUUUAAGAAGUAUAUCAAUCUACUCACUUAAUAUGUCAUAAUCCUCGCAUUUUAAUUAUUUGUUAUUGGAUAAGAUUUAAGUUUUUUGAUAUCUCUAUCAAUUAUAGGUGCCAAGUUAGGUUUUAUUUACCGGGUGACGUGAAGACACAUUAUAUUAUUGUACAACGCACUUAUGCGUUCAGCCUUGGUAUAUUUCGGCUACGUGAUUUAGUAGAUUUUAGAAAGACAAUGACUGACUACGUUUAUUUCACAACUGUUGAAUGGAUUGAGAUUAGUGUUAAUCCUUCCUUAAGCCUUGUCGUUUGUGUCUAACUUCAUUAAAGGCAACAAUGAUGAAAAAUAGUUUCAAUUAACAAUUAAAAGGUAAACAUUUUCUUUUUUUUCUCUUACCGGUUUUUCAUCAAGAAUAUCCAAAUAACAUCAAUUCUAAAAAAAGUUACAAGUGAAAUGUGAUUUUCUCUUGAAGUUAGCAAAAAAUAGAUGCUGGCUGUGCGUACGUUUUGGUUGUAGCGUGGUAUGAUUUGUCUACAGGCGUGGAGCUCAAUCACAAAACAAAACAUACCACGGUGCAGCGCGACGGUUUUGAAACAACACGUUGUACAAUGGUAUGUUCUGUCUUUACGCUACCGGGUGACCACGAGAUUAAUUACCAAGCUCUAUCUUAGGCAUGGGAAUCGAUAAUACCGGGUGUAUAUUAUUGAUAUCGGUGCAGAUUUUAAGCACAAAAAAAAUGACUAGCGCUUCCGGUUUGUCCGGAAGUGCCAUUAACUUCUUCAAUUGAAAGGGAUUAGGUAGCUUCCUGCCUUAUUAUUGAAUUUCUAGGAGAAAUUCCAAGCAUGGGUACCUACUUCAUGUAUAUUAUCAUGGAGGAAAUGGAUACCUAGCUCGUAACAGUUUUCGAGAAAAUCGAGAUGAAAAAUGUCAAAAAAUACCUAACUUUUAUUUUAGUGUUGACAGGAAAUGAUUCAAGGUAGGUUUAAACUAACACGAUAUUUUGCACCUCAUUUAGAAGUCCUACCACUAAAACUCCAAUUCCGGUUCAAUCGGAAGUUUUCGGUCGAUCUAUUUUUAGGUUAUGUUACUGAAAUAAUUUUAAUGGUUUGUACUUUACUGGGUGUUUUUCAAAACCCGCUCACUUCCGGUUUGACCGAAAGUGACCCUCAUUUUCUUAUUUUUAAUAAGACACCAAGUAUAUUUUUUCUUAUUUCAAUGGAAAACUAUGCUGACUUCAUUUGUCACUUUUCGACAUUUUAUCUCUAAAUUAUUUGAAUUUCUACUCUUUAAUCUAGAGCACCAUGAAUAAGAUAAAAUGCUCAAUUUUACUCCAAGGAACCUGGAAAAAUUUGUUUUGAUGUUAUUUUGCAUUUUCUAACGAACAAUUUUUUACCACACAAUAUUUAGAAUGCUAGAAAAUUCCUUAAUUUGAGUAUUAUGAAAUGGCGAUUAUUUGGUAGUUACUAAAUUGUUCGAGUCAUAUGCCAAUGAGCCACAACCUUUCCAUUUGGAAAAAUGGAUAUAGGUAAUUCCAAAAAUGCGCUUCUACUACUCUUAAAUGAGUCCGUAGAGGAUAUAAAAUAAAAAAUAAGAUCAAAAUAAAUUUUCGCAGGUUUCUUGUAGCAAAAUUACGCAUUUUAAGCAUUUUAUGGUGCUCUAAAUUAUAACGUAAAAAUUUAAAUAAUACUGAGAUAAAAUGUCAAAAUAUAACAAAUAAGAUGUCAUUGAACUCCUAAUGUAGCGAAAGAAAAAUUUAACUAUAGACAUAAAAUGUCAAAACGUGACAAAUGUAGUUUUCUAUUGAAAUAAGGGAAAAUAUACCUGGCGUCUUACUUGAAAUAAGACAGAGGGGGUCACUUCCAGUCAAACCGGAAAUGAAAAUAAAUAAUUGAAUACGUCAAAUCAUGGCCAUUCGGGCCAUAGAUAAAUACACCAAAUUCCAUUUAAUUAUUUGUGAAAAAAAAAGUUAAAAGGAUGAGCGGGUUUUGGAAAACACCUGGUAUAUUAGAAACUGAAAAUUCGUAUUACACGAACAAUUUUUAAUAGUUUUUAUUCACAUUUUCUUAUGCCUAAAGUAUAAUAUUUUUGAUAUUGAUAUACUAAGUGUCUAAUAGUUAAGCCUAGAGCAAAUUUUGGUUAUUUUGAAGACAUCAAAUAUCUCAAAAAUAGUAAAAUUUAGGCAUAGAAAAAAGUGAACACAAAAAGAGAUAUUAAAUUGUUUGUACAGUACGAAAAUUCAGUUAUUGGUACAGGGUAACAUUAAAAUUAUUGCAGUAACAUAUCCUCAAGACCCAAAAACUUUCGAUUGAUACGGAAGUGAUAUUUUAGUGGAAUAUGACUCUUUAGUGCUUCAAAAAAAAGUUAAAAGCAUCUUAUUCGUUUUUAAAGCUGCCUUCAAUUAUUUUCUGUACAAACUAAAAUAAAAAUAAUUUUUGAUUUUUUUUUUCGCGAUUUUGACUGUUAAUGUUUGGUAUACAUAAAAAUGCUUAGAAUUUCUCGUAGCAUCGAAAAAUGUAUUGAUAUAGCGGUUAAUCCAUUCGAAAUAAAGAAGUUAAUAGAGAGUUUUCGUUGUAUUGGCAAAUUCGAACGGUUAACCAUACCGAAUACGAAUACGAAGCCGCUAUUUGACAGAUCGUAAAAAUAGUUUUCGUUUGAUCCGGUUAACGUUAACGUUAAGUCAAACAUAACCUAUCUUCAAUGGUUUGUUUUCAUAUACUUUUUGUGCUAUCUGCACUUUGUUUUAAUUUCCUAGUACCUAAAAUUCAAUAAUUUUCCCUGUGAGUUUUACAAAAUUGGAUAAGUACUACAAAAACAUAUUUAAAUGCAUCACGAUAUGGGUUGCUGGCCAAUAUUUCUUCUAAUAAAAUAAUAUCGUCCUCAUCCGUGAAACGAUUUCUCGAUCUCUUGGGGUAAUUUAGUGUUGAAUCCAUUUCGAAAACCAAAAACAUUAAACAACAAAAACAAACACAACGAAAAAAUAGGAAAUACGGUAUGCGUUCCGUUUUCGGUAUGGCUUUGUCUUCCGUCCGUAAGCUCCCGGCACUUAUCGGUAACGAUAACGAUAAAUGACAGAUCAAAUGUCAUAGUUGUCAAAUAGCUGCUAUCGGAAUCGCUUCUAAAAGACAACGAAAACUCGCUAAUGGCACUUGCGGUACCAGAAGCGGUAGAACGGCGGAAGCCUAAUUGCUACUAAAUUCUGCAUUGAUCAGCAAAAUAUAUCCCCAAAAUUUAAAAUCGAUAUCGAUUUUCAUGCUUAAGCUAGGUCUUGGUAAGUAAUCUCAUGGUUACCCGCAUUAUCUUAUCUAUGUAAGUAUAGAAUGUCUAUUAUGCAAGUAUUUAUUUUGUAAAUAAUUAAGCUAAGUAUUCUCGUCAGGGCACUGGAAGAGCGUGGGGAAUGAAUAAUCACAAAAUUAGAAAUUAUUGAACCUCGAGUUGAAUAGAUAUAACAUAAUUUAGUGCCCCUUUCAUAACAAGUCGUGUAAAUAUGUGACUUCAUGAAUAUGUUAUUUCAACUUCCCAACUAAUUUCAAUUGUCGCAUGUUAAUUGAAGUAUGGAAGUGAUGGAGACUCGAGAGUAGUAGAUAAUAAACAUAUGACAUAGAAAAAUAAUCAAAAUAGCAGAAUAUUUCUGGAAACUGAUUUUAUUUAUCAGUGGGUUUUCGUUCAUUUUCAAAUAAUGUGGACUCGGGAACGCAUAUUAAUUGCAGAUGAUAUACCAAGAUGAUAAUGAAUAUUACAUCAAAUAUCCAUACUAUAGCAGGGUGAGAACGUGCUGUAAACCCUCAUAAAAUUUUUCAUAGUGUUUGCCUUUACCUAAUUUUGAUAAUCCUGUUAAUUGUUAUUUUAAAAUUAGGUGAAUUUUUAGUUACUACUAUUUAUAAUAGAUAAGGUUACCAUUGCCCCACCUUCUUCAAUUGACCCAAAUUGUGAAGCGCAAAAUGAAAAUUAGUUAUCAAAAAAUUCGUAGCAUAUUCAAUUCUGCAGUUGCAGGAAUACACCAGAUCGCUCAAAAUUAAAAAAAAAAAUGUUGUAUACUAUACCUACCCGGAAAAAAUUUUGGGAUAGGAUAAAAAAUGGUUGUAAAACAACUUUUACUUUUGUAUAGAGUUUAUUUAUCCAAAAAUGUUAUAAGCAAAUAUGGAAAACGUUCAAUACAGAUUUGACUGAUUUAAUUUCUUAACAAUUCAUAAAAAUAUAUAAAAUUAAAUUUUCCUGGGGAUAUUUCUAUUUUAUUCUAUUGAAAUUUCAAUUAUUGUGUAUCACUUUUAUGUGUUAAAUAAUAUAUCCCCACCGAAUUUUUGAAAGACAUCAAAAGUAAGAAUUUUAGACUGUUUGCUUUAUAAGUAAAUAGAUAUGUUUUAAAUUUUUUUGUUAAAAGAAAAAAAUAGUUUAUUGAAAAUUUUAUUGAGCUUUGAAAUAAACCAUUAGUUUAUAGACUAAAGCAUUUCGAAAUGUGAUAUAUUUAGAGUGGUUAACAAGAAAUAUUUAGUAUGCAACUUUUCGAAAAUCCGACUUGCUUCAAACACGCACUAUUCCAAUGCGCAUCAAACAAAAUAAGGAAACUACCUAUUUUAAGAGAUGUUUCAUACAUUUACUUACAUGUCUUUACUUAGGUGUGGUAAUUUAUUUUAUACAUUCGAAUAUUAAACUCUUUUUCUGAAUUCUAAUUCAAGCAUAUUGAAACUAAAACAAAAAUAGUUGAAGUGCUUGGGUUAGUUGAACGGAAAAUGACCAAACUAUCACAUAAACUUCCUAAUUGAACAGGCAUUAGUAGUCUGGUAUGUAUAUGUAUAUGUGUGUAUUGUGUCCUUGUGUUUGACAAAAUAUUUGUGUCAAACUAUAGCCGUAUACACUAUAUAGGAAAAGCAAAGUGGAUUCAAUAAGAACUUUUCAAAUCAGAUACAAAUUUUCAUACACCAUUUUAUGGGAGUGAAAUAUCCACUUUGCUAUCUAAUAUAAUAAAUCUAAUAACUAAAAGGAAUAUAAUAAUCCAUAAUCGCAAACUUAAGACGUUAGAUUGAACUUGACACUGAACUGAGUUUUCAUGUCGAGUAAGUGAGCUGAGAAUGGUACUGCUUUAAUACAUUUCUAGAACAACAGACUUACUUAAUGUUUUUAUAGAAAGAUUUCGAUAAUCAUGUUUAAGUAAUCAAAUAUUUAGGCAUACAAAAAUGUGUUUAUUAUUGUUUGUAUAGCUAUAAAAGGUUUCAAUGACAAAUAAAGAUCUACAUCAUUAGAACAAGCACAAUUUUGCACAAAAUCAUAGGAAUGUAUAAUUUUGCGAUAGUAAAAAUAGGUGUGGUAUCCUAUUCGAUUUUUAUUUGUUUUGUUUUACUAGAUAGAACACCUAAAAAUUGAACGUAUCUUUAACUUAAUUCUGUUUUUGAUUAAAAUAUUUCUUUUAUCUUCUAUGGGCUAAGUUUAAGUUUUUGGCUCAAUUUGGGAUCUACCCUACAAGCAGACUUUUUUAAAAGCUUUUUUUGAUUUUGAUAUUUUAUUAUUAUGUAGGUAUCUAUGCAUAUUUCAUUAGCACAACUCAGGCAAGUAUUAAUUUUUUUUUUUUUCCAUUAUACAUAUUCAUGUGUGUCAUCAUUGCGAUUAUUAAUUGUGUAUCGAUAUCCAUGAAUUCCAUGAUAAAUCAGUAUUUGAAUUAUGUACCAUUAGCAAUCUAAACAUUUAUGAGAGGCAUGUCACUGAGAUUAUACAGGGUGGCUAAAAGUUUAGAAAAAAAAAAGAUAUUGUUAGUCAGGUAUGGUUGUCCGCGUUUUUAUAUUUAAUGUCAAUGAAAAGGAAACUCUAUUAUUAUUGCUAAAAAGGCGGUUUUCAAUGAUUUUGUAAAUACAUUUUUUGUAGUUAAUUAGUUUAGUUAUUACUUUAUUCCAAGAAAGUUUGAUCUUUAUAAGUAUCUAGUUGUUUUGUUUGAGGAUUAUUGAUUUUAACUAUUAUUAUAAUAAAAAUGUAGAAUUAACCGUU